CGCGCCUGCGCAGAGCCGGGGCCUCGGUGGGCGGGGCCCAGCCCAAUGGGGCCUGGGUUGCGGUGUGUUUUGCCGGGUGUUUCCUCUUAACCUUCUUAGGUAUUUCGUGACCCUGCCUUACUAACUCACCCCGGGGAGUGAGUGGAAACGCGGCCCACCCCGUUCUCUCCUUAUGGUGGAUCAGUUACAAACCAGUGGGAGUAUGUUUCGGGAUUCUCCCAUUACCCCUCAUUGAUUCACCCCAGCCUCCUUGCAUUAUCAACCUAAUAUGUCUGUGACACCCCCUCACACUGGUUGUCAUGGAGAGUUUUGGAGCCCCACCACUUUAUUAUCCCCUUGCAUUUCACUUCAGCAGUGUUUGGUGAUGCACCCUUAACCUCCCUUUCCCCCGUGACACCAUCUGGUGAGCCCAGUUAUCCACUCUUGUCCCCACUACAGACCAUAGUGACGUUUACAUCUCCCUUGAGCAUCGUGUCUGCUGCGCCCCUAGGAACUCCCAUCACAGUCUGGAGACUCCUGCUAACCACCUAACACAUUGUUUGUGGGCCCACCGUCGUUACAGCCUGGGCUUUGGGAUGCCCGCAGUGUUCUUGGGAGCAGUCCUCACUUUCUCCAAACUAAGGGAAAAAGCUGAUUGUCCUGCCUGUGACUCCUCCCUCACCACGGAGCCCCAUGGCACCUGCCCAGCCCCGCCUCAGCCCGUCUUGACAAAGUCCUAGGCUCCAUGGAGCCACCACGGGGCCCCUCUGCCAAUGGGGCCGAGCCAUCCCGGGCAGUGGGCACUGUCAAAGUGUACCUGCCCAAUAAGCAACGAACAGUGGUGACUGUCCGGGAUGGCAUGAGUGUCUAUGACUCUCUAGACAAGGCCCUCAAGGUGCGGGGUCUCAACCAGGAUUGCUGCGUGGUCUAUCGGCUCAUCAAAGGGCGAAAGACAGUCACUGCCUGGGACACAGCCAUUGCCCCCUUGGAUGGCGAGGAGCUCAUUGUGGAGGUCCUUGAAGAUGUCCCACUGACCAUGCAUAAUUUUGUACGGAAGACAUUCUUCAGCCUGGCCUUCUGUGACUUCUGCCUUAAGUUUCUCUUCCAUGGUUUCCGCUGCCAAACCUGUGGCUACAAGUUCCACCAGCAUUGUUCCUCCAAAGUGCCCACAGUCUGUGUCGACAUGAGUACCAACCGCCGACAGGUCUACCACAGUACCCAGGAUUUGUCCGGAGGCUCCAGACAGCACGAGGCUCCCUCCAGCCGCCCCAUGAAUGAGCCACUAACCCCUCAGGGACCCAGCCCCUGCACCCAGCACUGUGGCCCUGAGCUCUUUCCCUUCCCUGCCCCGGCCAAUGCCCCCCUCCAGCGUAUUCGCUCCACGUCCACUCCCAACGUCCAUAUGGUCAGCACCACGGCCCCCAUGGAUUCCAGCCUCCUCCAGCUCACUGCCCAGAGCUUCAGCAAUGAUGCUGCUGGUGGUAGAGGUGGUGGCGAUGGAGUCCCCCGGGGGAGCCCCAGCCCGGCCAGUGUAUCCUCGGGGAGGAAGUCCCCACAUUCCAAGUCCCCAUCAGAGCAGAGGGAACGGAAGUCUGUGUCUGAUGAGAAGAAGAAAGUGAAAAAUCUGGGGUACCGGGACUCGGGCUAUUACUGGGAGGUGCCACCGAGUGAGGUGCAGCUACUGAAGCGCAUCGGGACGGGCUCCUUCGGCACUGUGUUUCGCGGGCGGUGGCAUGGCGACGUGGCUGUGAAGGUGCUCAAGGUGGCCCAGCCCACAGCUGAGCAGGCCCAGGCCUUCAAGAACGAGAUGCAGGUGCUCAGGAAGACACGCCACGUCAACAUCUUGCUGUUCAUGGGCUUCAUGACCAGGCCGGGAUUUGCCAUCAUCACACAGUGGUGUGAGGGCUCCAGCCUCUACCACCACCUGCACGUGGCUGACACACGCUUUGACAUGGUCCAGCUCAUCGAUGUGGCCAGGCAGACUGCCCAGGGCAUGGACUACCUCCAUGCCAAGAACAUCAUCCACCGAGAUCUCAAGUCUAACAACAUCUUCCUGCAUGAGGGGCUCACAGUGAAGAUCGGUGACUUUGGCCUGGCCACAGUGAAGACACGGUGGAGCGGAGCCCAGCCCUUGGAGCAGCCCUCGGGUUCUGUGCUAUGGAUGGCGGCUGAGGUGAUACGUAUGCAAGACCCGAACCCCUACAGCUUCCAGUCAGAUGUCUACGCCUAUGGGGUCGUGCUCUACGAACUCAUGACUGGCUCCCUGCCUUACAGCCAUAUUGGCAGCCGUGAUCAGAUAAUCUUUAUGGUGGGCCGAGGCUAUCUGUCCCCGGACCUCAGCAAAAUCUCCAGCAACUGCCCCAAGGCCAUGCGGCGCCUGCUGUCUGACUGCCUCAAGUUCCAGCGGGAGGAGCGACCCCUCUUCCCUCAGAUCCUGGCCACGAUUGAGCUGCUGCAGCGGUCACUCCCCAAGAUUGAGAGGAGUGCCUCGGAACCCUCCUUGCACCGCACCCAGGCUGAUGAGUUGCCUGCCUGCCUGCUCAGCGCAGCCCGCCUUGUGCCUUAGGCCCCGCCCCGGGCCACUAGGGAGCCAAUCUCAGCCUGCUGCACCAAGGAGCCCUGCUCACCAGCCAAUCAAUGGCCGGUUUCUGCCCUGAUACUGCCUCAGGAUUCCCCCAUCCCUACCCUGGGAGAUGAGAGGGUACCCAAUUGCUUUUCCAGUUUCUCUGGAAUUGGGGGAGCCCCCUGAAACUGAGACCCCCCCUGCCUCCACAAUUUGGUUUCCUCUUGCCUCUGGGGAUACUUAUAAAUUUGGGAGCUCCUUCAUCUCCAA